AUCCGCUGGUCAACAAGACUGCCGGCGAGGUUCUCCUGGACUCGUCGGAGCACCAUAAAAAGUACACUUCUCUGGACAAGAAAUGCCUGACAAAGUCAAAGCAAUUUUUCAACACUUCUCCGGUCAGCGAGAGGAACAACCAUCAAAGGACGUACGUAUCUUGCGAGGUCCUAAAUUUAAUGCCGAAGCACAGCAGGCCUGAUCGUUCAAAUCAGCACCAGGAGCACCAAGGCGAAAUGUUGACAGCUGGUGAAGCACUGGCAGAUCAUGAGAAUUCCUCACUGGAAAGGCAGCUGACCGAUCAAAUGACCAGCGUGAGGGAGACAUUAGCCAAAGGAGGCCAAGCUACGUCCUGGCGAUAUCACGAGGAAGAAAAUUCCAAAAAACUGUG